GUUUACAGGAAAUAAAUCCCAAUGUUCGAGUAGAAUUUCUUCCACCAAACACCACAUCAAUCCUACAGCCUCUUGAUCAGGUAAUCAUUGCCAUCUGCAAAGCUUAUUACACGCGACGCACGCUUAAAAUGCUGUUAGAAAACUUGGAACGCGACCCUACAAAAACAUUAAGCCAAUGCUGGAAGGAUUACACAAUUGCAGAUUGCCUACAUAAUAUUAAAGAAUCGAUUGGUGAACUUAAAAAAUCGACAUUAAAUGGCUGCUGGAAAAACUGAGGGCCAGAAAUUGUGAAGUCUCAUGGGAAGGUGCCUGAUAUCAGAGAUGAAAUCAAAGAAAUUGCUGAUUUAGGAAAGUCAUUAUCUGGAGAGGGAUUCGAUGAUAUGGACGAUAUAAAUCAGCUAUUUCAAUCGCAUAAUGUUGAACUCACUGAAAGAGAACUCAUAGAACUGACGGAGAACAAUUAUGAAGCUCAAGAAAAAGGUGAAGAUGAUGAAUUAGUCCCGGCACCAAAGGAGUUGACGUUGAAAACGCUUAAUAAAUGUUUUACCAUGGCACACUAUCUCACCGAGCUGUUAAUCAGCGAAGAUCCUACAGUGGAUCGAAGUUUAAAAACUAAACGAGAGCAGCAGCAUUGGCGCCAUACAAGGAAGUUGAGAAGAAUUUACGCAACGAAGCUGAACAGUCAAAAAUUACGUCUUAUUUUUCUAAAAAUUAAUAUUUUUGUUAAAAAAUUAACGUUUAAUGUUCUCAUACAUAAUAUGUACAAACAUACUUAUGUAUAUUAUGUACUUAACAAAAGUUUAUGUAAUAAAAUGUUUUUAUUUCGAUAUACGCGGUUUCUUUUUACGCGGUGUUUUCAAAGAACGUUACCCCGGCGUAAAACGAGGGACGCCUGUAAAAUUGUAAGCUAACAAGAACACAUAAUAGUUCAAAUAAUUGCAAUGAAGAUUUUACGUAUCGUAGUAGAUGAUUAUCAACAACUGCACUCUUACCGAAAAAGUUUUCAAAGUAGACAUGGCGUCCCGUUUUUAGUACUUGUGGUUUUGUGUUACGAUGUUACGACGUUAUAUU